AUGGCAUCGCACUCAGUGCUGGUGUCGGGCCCCGCGCGCGUACCCGCUUUCGUGCGCCACGACCUGCUCCUGCAGCGCCUCAUUUGGCAGCGACGCCAAGGUCCACUACGGCUCUUCCACCACCGUCUUCGUGUUGACGUGCCCCAUGUAGUGCAUUUAGUGAAUGUUUGCAUGCUUAGCUAUGUUCUAAGGCACCGAAUUAUGGUGGCGGAAUUUGUCGCCCGCCAGAGCGGAUCGCCGAUCAAUGGUGAAACCCCGUCUCUGAAUUCCACGAUGCCAGGCAGCCACAGCGCUAGCAACAGUACGAGCGGAGGCGGCGGUGGCGGCGGCGGCGCUGGGGCCGCCGGUGGGCCGCCC